UCCCGAGUCGCAGUUAGGCUGCAGAGGGAUCCAUGGCUCUUUCCUCCCUCUUCCUCCUGCCUGCCACCACCACUCCCACUUUCCUUCCUUCCAUCAUCAGGACCCCCUCUUCAUCGUCACCAUCUUCUUCUUAUCGCUGCUUCUGUUCAUCUGCAGACCGUCCGAAGGUGGUGGUGACGAGGGAAAAGGGAAAGAAUGGGAAGCUCAUCGAUGCUCUGGGUAAGCAUGGAGUCAGUUGUUUGGAGGUUCCUUUGAUCGAGCACACCCCUGGACCUGAUCUGGAUAAGCUUUCCUCUGUUCUUAGAGACCAGAAAUUUGAUUGGAUUGUCAUCACUUCUCCAGAAGCUGGAUCUGUGUUUCUUGAUGCAUGGAAGGCUGCAGGAACUCCAAGGGUCCAAAUAGGUGUUGUUGGUGCUGGAACAGCAAGUGUCUUUGAGGAUGCAAGUCAGCCUCUUCAACAUUAUUUGGAUAUAGCAUUUUCUCCUUCAAAAGCCAUCGGGAAGGUUUUGGCUUUAGAGCUUCCAAAGUGUGGGACCAAAACCUGUACUGUUCUAUAUCCAGCAUCUGCAAAGGCCAGUAAUGACAUCGUGGAGGUUCUGAUGCAUAGGGGUUUUGAGGUUACAAGGCUAAAUACUUACUCCACGGUUCCUGUUCGAGAAGUAGAUGAGGCUAUUUUAAUUGAAGCGCUGACUCUUCCAGUAGUUGCAUUGGCAUCUCCUUCUACCGCCAGUGCAUGGGUUAGAUUAAUUUCAAAAUCGGAUGGCUGGGACAAUUCUGUCGCUUGCAUUGGAGUAACAACAGCUUUAGCUGCAAAAAAGUUGGGCCUGAAGAAAGUGUAUUACCCAGAGAAUCCAGGCAUCGAAGGGUGGGUGGAGAGCAUUCUUGAAGCAUUGGGUGUUCAUAACCAAAGGGAAGAGGUGUUGGUUGCAUGACAUACGGACAGACUAGAAGUCUACAAGAGGACAACAGACAAGACCGCAAGAGCACAAUGUCGGUCUCUGCUGAAUUACUACAGUUUAUCUGCAGAGAUGGACAGAAACAACUUUUGGAGUAAAAGAGAAGCAAAUUGCGAACAGUGGAACCGUUGCCGGAUGAUACACGUGACAGUUUGUAAAUAUAACAGCAUAUGGUUGGAGAAACCUUGGAAACCAAAAGGAGAGACAGAUCCCCUUUUCUUGUUUAUAUUUGUGAAAAAGAAAAAGGAACAAAGAGUCGAGCGAUCCCUACAACUACCCUGUUCGACGAGCGCUUAGCUCUUCGAACCUUUGGUUUGCAAGGUUAUCACGGCCAGAUUUUUGUAAUAAGCAUGUAAAGUGUACUUGGAUUCACUUGAAGAUCCUCUUGACAUCUCCCAGAGAUGGUAGUGCUGAGCGCUGACACGAAUUUGCUUCUUAUUGCUUGCUAUAAAUUUAGUCAAUUGCUAUAGAAAUACUUUUGAGCAGCAGAUUUUUUA